AUGACUGCAAGAGCUGAGGGAUCAGUCUUUUGGCCGGGCAUUACACGUGCAAUUAACAACACCAGACUGGACUAUUACCAUUGCAAUCGCAUUGCACCAUCAAAUCCUGAUGCCCCUCCAUACCCGUUGACGUCACCUGACUACCCUUUUCAGUGCAUCUGCGCAGAUUACUUCACACACAGAGGUGUGAAUUAUCUUGUUAUCGUUGACCGGUACUCAAACUGGCCAAUAGUUGAAAGGGCUUCUAGAGGUGCAUCUGGACUGCUCACCUGCCUUCGAAGAACAUUUGCCACCUAUGGCAUACCUGACGAGCUAGCAUCCGACGGAGGCCCAGAGUUCACUGCAACUGUGACAAGACAGUUAUUACAAGAUUGUGGUGUCUAUCAUCGAUUGUCUUCCGUCGCUUUUCCUCACCGCAAUUAUCAUGCUGAGGUUGGGGUAAAAACAGUGAAACGCCUCAUCGCUGACAGCAGCUCUCCCAACGGUGAUCUGGACACUGAUAUGUUUCAACGUGCUAUCAUCCAGUACAGGAAUACGCCCGACCGUGACCACUAG